UAAUCACAUACCCAUAACAUUGAGGAAAUAUUUAUUAAUUUAAUAAUUUGUACUUGUAUGUAUGUACACGUAUAAAAUAAAGUAAAAAUUUAUAUAGAACAGUCUUAUUAAAACAAAAGCAACACUGACACUGAAGAUGGCAACUAUGAUACAAACUGAAUCUAAUGAGUUUAAAACUCAUGAUUUUGAUCUAUCAUUUUCAAAUGAAGAGGAUAGUGCAAAUAAAAGUAUAAAAAUAUCAGAAAUGUCCAGACUAUCAACCCCAAAACCCAUAAUGCAUUUAGGAUCUUCUACAGAGUUUCAACGACAAGGAACGGGGAAGCCAAAAACUCCUUUCAAACCUGGUACUGGAUACAGGUCUGGAACAGGUUUUAAGCCAACAACAAAUUUUAAAAAGCCAGGAACUGGCUUCAAGCCUGGAACAGGUUUCAGACCUGGUACAGGAGUGGAUAUAGUAAACCGACCUAUGACUGCUGUUCGAGGCGCUGGAUAUACCUCGCAUGGCAAACCAUUUGAUCCAUUAAAUCAAAGCGCAUCAGCACCGACACCACCUUUGGAGUUAAUGCAAAAGGAUGACUCACCAGAAGAGAAGAUAAGGCAACAGGAAGCUAAAAUAAUGCAACUUGUUGAAGAAUCUUGUAUUGCAAAUUCUGUGGGAGAUAAUCGAAAAGCCUUGUCAAAAGCCAAAGAUGCUUCGAAUAAAGAAAGAAGUUUAAUAAGGAUGCAAGAACAAUCUGGUUUAGGGGAUCACCACAAUAUUGACUUAACAUACGCAGUGUUGUUUAAUUUGGGUAAUCAAUACGCUGCUAACGAAUUAUAUGUGGAAGCAAUUAACACCUAUCAAAUGAUAGUAAAAAACCGUAUGUUUUCAAAUGCUCACAGAUUGAAAAUUAAUAUGGGAAAUAUUUAUUUUAAACAAGGUCACUAUCAAAUGGCUGUAAAAAUGUUUCGAAUGGCUUUGGAUCAAGUUCCGUCUAGUCAGAAAAAUCUAAGAAUAAGGAUAAUGCACAAUAUCGCCAUGGUAUUCAUUAGAAUGGGGCAAUGGGAAGAAGCCGUGAGCAGUUUGGAAUACAUAAUGAGCGAGCAGGCCUGUCACCGGGCAGGUCUCCAUUUAAUCGUUUGCUGUAGAGCACUCGAAGAUAGAGAGAGAAUGAGAACGUCAUUUUCCUUGUUACUGGCUGUACCACUUGAUUUAGAAGAUGAAGAAAAAUAUAAUUUGGAACAGGAUACACCGGAAGACACGCUGAUGGCGGUCACUAUACAAAACGACGAUUUACAUAAUUAUGAAUUACAAAAACGUAAAGAUGCGGAAUUCUGUAUUCUCACUGCAGCAAAGCUCAUUGCACCAUUGAUAGAGGAAACUUUUAGUGAGGGGUAUGAUUGGUGUGUGGCCGCAAUAAAAAAUUCCGAAUACGCAAGACUAGCAUCGGAUUUGGAAAUAAAUAAAGCGGUGAUGUUCCUCAAGCAGAAGCAACUACCUGAGGCCAUUGAAACUUUGAAAGCAUUCGAAAAAGAUUCCAUUAUUGCCAUAAAUGCUGCAAUAAACCUAAGUUUCAUUUAUUACUUGCAAGGAGAUUACGAAAACGCCAUCAGAUACAGUGAGGUUGUUAAGAAAACGGAUGCAAAAAGUGCCGAGGGUUAUGUGAAUUACGGGGCUUGUUUAAUGGCGAGGGGUCACUUGGAAGAAGCGGUAGGUUCUUUUCAAAAGGCCCUGGAAUUCGACGCAACCCAUUUUGAAGCUAUCUUCAACUUAGGAUUAGGACUGAAAAGACAGGGUCACUAUAUGGAAGCGCUGAGCUGUUUCCAGCGGUUCUCUGGUUCUCUAGCGCUUUUGCCAGCCGUGGUAUAUCAGGUAGCUAAUCUACUAGAACUGAUCGGCGACAAUGAAGCUGCCGCAGACACCUAUCAACAGCUGCUUGGCUUGGUGCCGACAGAUGCAAAGGCUCUCCAAAAAUUGGGAGAGCUGUACGACCACGAAGGGGACAAGCAACAGGCCCACCAUUACCAUAACGACUCGUUUAGAUACUAUCCUGCAAAUCUGUCAGUAAUAGACUGGUUGGGGUCGUACUAUAUCGAAAUGCAAGUGGUGGAAAAAGCGUUAACGUACUUUGAAAAGGCCGCCGUCAUGCAACCGAACGAGCCGAAGUGGAACAUGAUGGUGGCCGGCUGCCAUAGACGGAGCGGCAAUAUGCAUAAAGCUCUGACCUUAUAUCAAGAGAUUCACCAGCAGUUUCCAGAAAAUGCGGAGUGUUUGAGAUUCUUAGUACGGUUGUGCAGCGACCUGGGGAUGAGGGAGGCGCAGGAUUACAUCAUGGUAUUGAAAAAGUUGGAGAAAGCUAAAGAAGUCAGAGAAAGGGUCAACAGCAGCAGGCCAGGUUCGCGCAGAAGUAACAGUGGACUAUCUUCAAGAGCCGGAUCGGGAUUCAGUCCCGUCCCAGAAAACGGACCUUUAAGGAGUCCGUUACAUUCUGGAAACAGAAAUUUACGUUCUUCGAGGUUAAUGCAGGCGCACAACAGCGCUGGCAGUACCGACUCCGGUUUUGCGCAACCUACCACAGAUGCGACCUAUUCCGAUCCUCUAGGACCACAACCGUUUAGGCCAAGAACGGGUGCGGGGAAGCCCUUGGAUUUUGACGAUUUCGGGAAUGAGGAGUUGGGCGAUGACCUUUUACCUGAGUAAAGGUGUCAUUGUACUGAAUUUGUUUUAAAUAUUCUGUUCGUAAUGUAAUGAAAUGAACAGAAUGCCAUUGCUUUAUUUACGGAGAUAAAUGGGGAGUAAUUAUGUGUAUACGUGUUGAUUUGAUCAACGCCACAAUCGUUAGGAUCGUCUAUUCAAAUGUUUUAUAUUUAGCCUUGCAUUUUUAAUUACGAAAUUGAUACAUUGCAGCUUAAAAUUGUAGUAAAACUUUGAAGAGAUAUUUUCUACAAUCCCCAUCAUCCUAUUCAAUUAAAAAAAAAUUAGGUCUUCGAAAUCUACAACGAUGGCUUUCGGUUUAAUUUAUUAUUUUAUGUACCAUUUCACAUAUUGUAUUAGUUGCACUGAACUAAUGGGAUGUUGGAUAAGUUCUCGCUGCUUUUUCUUGAAACUUAAUGCUUUAUUUAAAAAAAAGUCACCGAAAGAAUUGUCUAUCGUUAGCCAUUACUUCUUCCCAUCUUUCUGGCAGCAUUUUAAUUUCACGUCGGAAAAACGAUACCUCUUUUGAGGCUAUCCAAGUGUGAAUCCAAGUUUUGGCAUCAGCAAUACGUUUUUAUAGAUAUUACACGGUUUGUCUAAAUA